AGCGGAUUGCACCACCGAAAGCAGCGACGACACGUAGCCUGGCACAUCGGAUUUUCCUCUGCUAAUAAUAAUUGUCAUACAGUCCGCACUAGCCUUGCCAGUGCGGUUUAAAUUACGUUGGGAGGAGAGGUCUCAUUCAUGCUUUGCAAUAUAACCCGCGGCACACACCCGCAUUCACACAAAAAGCCUUAUAUAUAUAUAUAUAUAUAUAUAUAUAUAUUUCCCUCUAGCCUUCUCGCGACUCGAGAAGCUGUCGAUCCUGUGCAACCCGAACACAAGAGUUGUGCUCCACUCAGCAGCGAAUAGCACCUAUUCAUUAGCUGCGCGCCAUCACUUCCGAUCCAUUUUUUUUCUUUCAUCUUUUUGCUGUUGGUGAAUCACAAAUGGACCAACCACUGCAUCUCCGCCUCGCGAAAACGGUCCUGCUCUCCGGCAUCUUGCUCAUGUAUGUGGCGUACGACACGGGGUUUCGCCUGUGGAUGGCGCAGAGCGACGUCAGAGUGCUGAACGCUGCCAUUGUACGGGACACGACUGCCCUGAACGUACGCGGUGAGGGUGGCUUGACGUUUGAGGCGGCCACUGAGGUAGCGUCAACGCCUUCCUUGCAGAUUUACCUUCGCCAGAACUAUCGCUGGCCAAGUGCGAGGCCUUCUACCGCGGCCAGUGGCGAUGAGCAGGGCGGCGACACCGACAAGGACAUCGCCAAUCACCGCGGGUAUGGCGCGGGGUCGACGGCGGCGGACGUGGGCGCCUCUUACUCUCCAAACAGCGCCGCAGCCCUCUCCGAUUUCCCCAUGGCGGCAGUGGUGGUGGAGAGCACGUGGCUGUCGCCCGACCAGGCCGCCGUCUCCGCCCCCUACGCGCAACGGUUGUUGGAAGGCUUUCGAUACGCGCUCCUCACCGGGUCACCGUGGUUGUUGUUGGCCGGCUCGGCAGAAGAAACUGCAUUGGGCUUGCAGUACCUACGCCGCCUGUCGCAGCCUGCAGAAACGCUCUUUGGCAUGACGGCGCUUGCCGGUUGGCCGUCGGAGCUGACGCGAGUGGCGGAGUCUAUUCGAGCGUCCAUGGCGCCGUACGCUACCUUGGGGGCGUGGAUGCACGGGGCACCCUCGAAGCCCAUUCCGUCCUUUGACAGCUCCGCCCUUCCUGCUGUGUCGCCUUCGGCGUUGCUGCGGCGCCUUGCGCUCUCGCACGAUGAUUCUUCCGCAGCGCUGCGCUCCUCCUUGCAUCACCUCCUCUCGGUGAGUGCGCUGGCGCGCGCUGAGGGCGGCACCCAGCACCGCCGACCGUCGGCGCUGAUCCUGGGUGCAGAGUGGCUGCGUCGCAGUGAUGCCGCCCUUCUUCGCCUCAGCGGCAGCGGCAAUGUUGAUGAUGGUGGUAGUGGUUUUGCUGUCACAGAGGCAGAGGUGAAGAGGCCACGUGUGACGGUGUUCGCCACAAGCGAUACGUACAGCAGCAGCAGUGACGACGUUUCGUGGGAGUCUCCGCGGAUGUGGGAAUGGCCCGUCAACGGCACUCAGUCGCAGCGGGUGCACCUCACCCUUCCAGGGAUUGUCGCCAUCGCCGUCCCCGACGCUAACAAACGCGCCCGCUUCGCUGCAAAAGCGCUGCAGCAGCUUCUGGAGAAGACAUUGCUGCGACGUCACGCACGACGUGCAGAAGCGCCGCGCAUCACCGCCAGGUCUGUCCAUGAGGGCUGGGAGUGGUGGUGGCUGGGUCGCUCGUACGGGGUAACGGUGGUGGGCGGCGGGUGGGAGCAGCAACGCGUACGACUGCUCUACACCAAGGCCCUCCGCGAAGCUGCCGCUGAGACGCACGAGGGCCUUCGCCAGGCGGUCCAAGACGUCCACCGGGCCCGUUGCCGCUUCGAGAGCGGUAGUGGUGCGUCGUCUCCGCUUUGCGCUGGCGCGCGGCGUAGCCGGCUGCCCACCUCUGCCCUCCCUUUCACCGCAGCGGUGCCGAGCCCGCCGAAGGUGUUUGUGCUGCCUCCGGGCGCGGAGGACACGCAGACGCCGGAGCCGCAGCCGGAGUGGCUGAACUACACGGGCGAGCUGCCGCUGUCGGUGAACGCGGACGCCUCCUAUGCUGCGCGGGUCAUUGGACGAUGGAGCUACUUUAUUUACGUGAACUACCGUCGUUGGAUGGACUGGUUCCUCGCCUCCUUGCCCGGCGGGGCCUACCAAGAUCACUUCGUGCUCGCCUCGGUGCUCAUGUCAGACCUCGCGGAUCAUCGAAUUAGCUGGCGAGACGUACUCUACCUUCGGUAA